GCCCGCCUGGCAGCGAAGAUGGCGCACAGCGGUCGGUGGCGCUUCCCGGCCCGGCCCGGCAGCGGGGGCGGCGGGAGGCGGGCGCUGGGCGGCGGGGGGCGGCUCCGGGUGGCUGCCUGGCGGGGGCCGCGCCCUCCCUCAGCGCCCUCGGCCUCCUCAGGAGCAGAAGGGGGCGGGCCCGCGCUGCCUCAGCCUCAUCCCCAUCCUCUCGGCCUGUCCUCCUCCUGCCUCCUCGCUCCCGGGUUCGACGCCGCGCUCCAAGUCUCCGCCGCCAUCGGCAUCAACCUGAGGCGCUUCCGGGCUGCCUGCGGAGGCGGGGGCCACGACGAAGAAGGCCCUGAGGAUGAGCAGUUCCUAGGCUUUGGAUCAGACGAUGAAGCCAAAGGGCAGAGUCCUGCCAAGUCUCCCACAGCCAAGGCCGGCGCACGCAAACCUCGAGGGAGGCCCCGGAGCACCUCUGAUCGCAAUUCCGUUGCGCUGCCAGAGCCUUUGCCGGCAUACUCGCCUUUGAGCAAACCAGAGCCCACCUUGACGGAGAAAGCAAAAAAGGAGCUGAAAGGCGCUGAAAAGCGGCGAGGGAGGCCCCCGGCCCUCACCAGCGUGAAGUUCAAGCUCUCUCACAAAGAAGGGCUCCCAGAGGCACUGAAGGGAGACCACGAAGAGAAAGAGAACCUGAAGAAAAUCAAGCGGACCCCAUCCGCGGCAUUCCACCACGCGGCGAAAAUCAAGAAGCUGAGGGCAGGCAAACUCUCCCCGUUGAAGUCUCAGUUCAAAGCCGGAAAGCUGCAGAUUGGGAGGAAAGGGGUCCAAAUUGUGCGGCGGAGGGGAAGGCCGCCCUCUUCUGAGAGGGCCCCGAAAGCUCCAACGGUGGCCCUCGAGACAGGCUCCCCACUGGAGAAGGGCCAGCGGGCACGGAAGGAGAAGGAGGAGCCUCUCCCGCUGCCCAAGAACGAGAAGGCCGUCCGGCAGAGCCCCCGCCGCCCAGUGAGGAUCAUCCCCUCCUCCAAGCGGACGGAUGCCGCCAUUGCCAAGCAGCUCCUGCAGCGGGCCAAGAAGGGGGCCCAGAAGAAGAUCGAGAAGGAGGCGGCCAAGCUCCAGGGACGCAAGGGCCGGACCCAGCUGAAGAACAUCCGGCAGUUCAUCAUGCCGGUGGUGAGCGCCAUCUCCUCGCGCAUCAUCAAGACCCCCAAGCGCUUCAUCGAGGACGAGGACUACGACCCGCCCAUCAAGAUUGCGCGCCUGGAGUCCACGCCGAACAGCCGCUUCAGCGCCACGUCCUGCGAGUCCAGCGAGAAGUCCAGCGGCGCCUCCCAGCACUCCUCCCAGGGCUCCUCAGGGUCCUCCUCGCGCUCCAGCAGUCCCAGCGUGGACACCUCCUCCGACUCCCAGGCCUCCGAGGAGGCGCAAGGGGCCCCGUCCGAAGACGGGGGCCACACUCCGGAAGAGACCCAGCCCUCGCUGCCUGUCUCCCCUUCCCCGGAGAACGAGAGCGGGGAGAGGAGGCGGCGGCGGAGGCGGAGGAGGAGGUUCUCCCUGGCCGAAGGGGGCUUCGGACCCAAAGCGGGCAAGAAGCUGCCCGGUCUCCAAGGCAUGGUGCCCUCGCAGCAGCAGCCUCCUCCGCAGCAGCCCCCUCCUCCAUUGCCACCCUCACAGCCCCCCUCGUCCUCAUCCUCCCCUCCCCCACCGCUCCUCUCCCCUCCCCCGCCCCUCCAGCCCCCGGCCGGCCUCUCGGACCACGCCCCCCCGUGGCUCAUGCCCCCCACCAUCCCCUUGGCCCCCGCCUUCCUGCCCCCCGGCGCUGUCUCCGGCUCCAUGCACGAGAAGCGGAAGUCCAUCCUGCGGGAGCCCACCUUCCGCUGGACCUCCCUGAAGCACUCGCGGGCCGAGCCCCAGUACUUCUCCUCAGCCAAGUAUGCCAAAGAAGGCCUCAUCCGCAAGCCCAUCUUCGACAACUUCCGGCCUCCGCCGCUGACUCCCGAGGACGUCGGCUUUGCCUCCGGCUUCUCCGGAGCAGCAGCCCCGGCCCACUUGUUCUCCCCCCUUCAUUCCGGAUCCCGGUUCGACCUGCACAAGAGGAGCCCCCUCCUCCGCGCCCCCCGCUUCACCCCCAGCGAGGCCCAUUCCCGCAUCUUCGAGUCUGUGACCUUGCCUUCCUCCGUUGGCCGCAGUGUGUCCGGAGGCGGGGUGGUGGCCGGCUCUUCAAGGAGGCGGAAGCGGAGGGUCUUCAGCCCCAUUCGGUCCGAACCCCGGUCUCCGUCGCACUCCAUGAGGACGAGGAGCGGGCGGCUCAGCGCCUCGGAGCUGUCCUCUCUCCCUCCUUCGUCCUCUUCUUCCUCGUUGACGAACAUCUCCGUGGGGUCCCUCGCCACCAGUGCCUUAAACUCCACCUUCGCGUUCCCUUCCCAUUCGCUCUCGCAGCCGGGAGAGCCAGCCGAGAAGAGCCAGCGGCCGCGGAAGCAGGCGGGCGCCUCCUCCGAGCCGUUCUCCGGCAGCUCCGCUCCCCUCUUCCCGUGGUUCACCCCGGUUUCCCAGACCGAGAGGGGAAAGAACAAGGACAAAACCAUCAGUGAUCCAUCCAAAGAUAAAGACGGUGAGCGAGGUCUGGAGAAGGAGAGGAGCCGAGAGAGAGACCGAGAGAGGGAGAAAGAGAACAAGCGGGAGUCCCGGAAGGAGAAGAGGAAGAAGGCCCCAGAGACCCAGGGCGGCUCAGCUCUGUUCCCGCUGGCGCGUGUGGCCAAGGGAAAGCCCACCGUCCAUGAAGAAGUGGUUGUCUCCUCUUCCGCAAAGAGGCCCGUGGGGCGGAAAAAGGCGGCCCCAGCAGCCCCCGAUUUGGCAGCAGACGCUCCCGCCGUGGUUCUGGUGGACUCCGCCUCUGCCGUGGCCAAGAGCAAAGCGCCCAAGAAGGGCCGAGGGGCCUUAGAGAAGCCCGGCCUGGACCUCAGCCUAGCGGCUACGUUGGCCGAGAAGGAGGAGUCCCUGCGCCUCUCCUCCGCCUCCGCCGGCCUCGUGAAACACGCCUCCAUCAGCUCCGUGUUGGCGCACGCGGACAAAAUCCCCGUGACGGACAAGAGGGUGGCCAGCCUCCUGAAGAAAGCCAAAGCCCAGCUGUACAAGAUCGAGAAGAGCAAGUCCCUCAAGCAAGCCGAGCAGCCCAAGGGCCAGGAGAGCGACUCCUCGGAGACCUCCGUGCGAGGGCCGCGCAUCAAGCACGUCUGCAGGAGGGCGGCUGUCGCGCUGGGCCGCAAGCGAGCGGUCUUCCCGGACGACAUGCCCACCCUGAGUGCCUUGCCGUGGGAGGAGCGGGAGAAGAUUCUGUCUUCCAUGGGGAACGACGACAAGUCCUCCAUUGCUGGUUCCGAAGAGGCCGAGCCCCUCGCGCCGCCCAUCAAGCCCAUCAAACCAGUCACCAGGAACAAGGCCCCCCAGGAGCCCCCCGUGAAAAAGGGCAGGCGCUCAAGGCGCUGCGGGCAGUGUCCGGGGUGCCAGGUGCCCGAGGACUGCGGCGUCUGCACAAACUGCCUGGACAAGCCAAAGUUUGGUGGCCGCAACAUAAAGAAGCAGUGUUGCAAGAUGAGGAAGUGUCAGAACCUGCAGUGGAUGCCCUCCAAAGCCUACCUUCAGAAGCAAGCCAAAGCCGCCAAGAGGAAGGAGAAGAAGCCCAGGCCCGGUGAGAAGAAGGAGAGCCAGGCGGGGAAGGGCCAGUCGGAGCCUGGGCAGAAAGCGGCCCCCGCUCCGCCCCCACUGCCGAAAGAGGGCCCGCCGGCCCCCAGGAGGGCCAGCGAACCUGCCGCCCGGAAGCCCACCGAGGAGAAGGGCGAGGAGGGGCCGCCCCCAACCCUCCCGGACCCCAAGCCGGCCCCGCCUCCUGUCACCAGGAAGUCUGGCAAGCAAGCGGCACCCUCCGCUCCGGGGGCCCUCGCCCCAGCCCUAGCCCCACCGAAGAAGGAAGCCCCCAAAGCUGUGGUCCCUGCGGAGCCCAAGAAGAAGGCCGCCCCACCGCAAGACGCAGCCGCAGAGCAAAGCAAACAGAAGAAAAUCACUCCUCGUCCAACUUUACCGGCAAAACAGAAGCCGAAGGAAAAGGAAAAGCCUCCUCCGCCAGCCGCCCGGCCAGAAAGCACCAUCCCCAGCGGCGCCCUGAGCGCUUUGCCCAGCGGCAGCAUCUCGAAGCAGAAGCCCCUGGCCGACCGCGUCCACACCAUCCGAGUGGACUUCAAGGAGGACUGUGAGGUUGAGAGCAUUUGGGAAAUGGGCGGCUUGAGCAUCCUGACCUCUGUCCCCAUCACGCCUCGGGUGGUCUGCUUCCUGUGUGCCAGCAGUGGGCAUGUGGAGUUUGUGUAUUGCCAGGUGUGUUGUGAGCCCUUUCACAAGUUCUGUUUGGAGGACAGCGAGCGGCCCUUGGAGGACCAGCUGGAGAACUGGUGCUGCCGCCGCUGCAAGUUCUGUCACGUCUGUGGGAGGCAGCACCAGGCCACCAAGGUACAACUUCUGGAGUGCAACAAGUGCCGAAACAGCUAUCACCCGGAGUGCCUGGGACCAAACUACCCCACAAAGCCCACCAAGAAAAAGAAGGUCUGGAUCUGCACCAAGUGUGUCCGCUGCAAGAGCUGUGGGGCAACAACGCCGGGGAAGGGCUGGGAUGCCCAGUGGUCCCAUGACUUCUCCCUGUGUCACGACUGUGCCAAACUCUUUGCUAAAGGGAACUUCUGCCCUCUUUGCGACAAAUGCUACGAUGACGACGACUACGAGAGCAAGAUGAUGCAGUGCGGGAAGUGUGACCGCUGGGUCCACUCCAAGUGUGAAAACCUCUCUGACGAGAUGUACGAGAUCCUCUCCAACCUGCCCGAGAGCGUGGCCUACACCUGCAUCAACUGCACGGAGCAGCACCCGGCGGAAUGGCGGCUGGCGCUGGAGAAGGAGCUGCAGCUCUCCCUGAAGCAGGUCUUGGCGGCCCUCUUCAACUCCAGGACCACCAGCCACUUGCUGCGCUACCGACAGGCAGCCAAACCCCCCGACUUGAACCCGGAGACGGAGGAGAGCGUCCCGUCCCGCAGUUCUCCCGAAGGCCCAGAUCCGCCGGUGCUCACCGAGGUCAGCAAGCAGGAGGAGCAGCCGCUGCGGGACCUGGAGAGCAUGAAGAGGAAAAUGGACCAAGGAGGCUACACUUCGGUGCUGGACUUCAGCGACGACGUGGUCAAGAUCGUCCAAGCCGCCAUCAACGCGGACGGAGGGCAGCCGGAGCUGAAGAAGGCCAACGGCAUGGUGAAGUCCUUCUUUAUCCGGCAAAUGGAGCGUGUAUUUCCAUGGUUCAGCGUGAAGAAAUCAAGAUUUUGGGAACCUAAUAAAGUUACACCAAACAGUGGGAUGCUGCCCAACGCCGUCUUGCCCCCGUCGCUCGACCACAACUACGCUCAGUGGCAGGAGCGCGAGGAGAACAGCUGUGCCCAGCAGCCCCCCUUGAUGAAGAAGAUCAUUCCAGCCCCGCGGCCCAAGGGGCCUGGAGAGCCCGACUCCCCGACCCCGAUGCCUCCGCCAACACCGCCUUCUGCCAAUCCCGACAGAACGCAGGAGGACGGCCCAGACCUUGUCCCUCCUCCGGACGUGGAAGACAACCGGCAGUGUGCCCUUUGCUUGAAGUAUGGCGAUGACGGGGGAAACGACGCUGGGCGCCUCCUCUACGUCGGCCAGAACGAGUGGGCCCACGUGAACUGCGCCCUGUGGUCAGCGGAGGUGUUUGAGGAUGACGGCGGCUCCUUGAAGAACGUGCACAUGGCCCUGAUCCGCGGGAAGCAGCUGAGGUGCGAGUUCUGCCAGAGGCCGGGGGCCACGGUGGGCUGCUGCCUGACCUCCUGCACCAGCAACUUCCACUUCAUGUGCUCCCGGGCCAAGAACUGCAUCUUCCUGGAGGACAAGAAAGUGUACUGCCAGCGCCACCGGGACCUCAUCAAAGGGGAGGUGGUGCCAGAGAAUGGCUUUGAGGUCCUGAGAAGAGUCUUUGUGGAUUUUGAAGGGAUCAGCUUAAGGCGACGGUUUCUGAACGGCCUGCAGCCAGAGAACAUCCACAUGAUGAUCGGCUCCAUGACCAUCGACUGCCUCGGGAUCCUGAAAGACCUCUCGGAUUGUGAAGACAAGCUCUUCCCCAUUGGCUACCAGUGCUCCCGGGUGUACUGGAGCACGAUGGACGCCCGGAAGCGCUGCGUCUACACCUGCAAGAUCAUGGAGUGCCGCCCUCCGGCCCUGGAGCCAGACAUCAACAGCACGGUGGAGCACGGCGACAACAGGACGGUGGCUCACGGCUUGGCCCUGCUUCCCGCGGAAAUCCCAGCCAGGGAGGGCCGGGGGUUGCCGCCCGUCCUGAGAGCCCCCUCCGCCGACCUUCCUCUGCACCCUCCGCACUGCAAGGCCCUGCGCAUCAGGACACCGGGCUUUCCCCCUGCCCAGAGGUCGCCCGGUUCGCGCCCCUUGCCCUCCGCAGGGAGCCCGACUCCUGUGACGCACGAAAUCGUGACGGUGGGAGACCCGCUGCUCUCUUCUGGACUGAGGAGCAUUGGCUCCCGCCGGCCCAGCGCCUCUCCGCUGACUCCCCAGCAGCUGAGGUCCUGGGCGGUGCCUCCCACCCGAGCAGGAGCCCCCCACCACGGCCCCAGGCCCAGCCUCUCUUCAGGACCCAGCCUCUCUCCUGCCCCUGAGCAGGAGUCUUCCAGCACUAAGCCCCCAGACCACCCAGGAGCCCCAGUCCUCUCUGCCCAGAACAGCCCCCCGCCUCCCAUUUCCCCAAAACAAGCAGUGGGCGGCGGAGGCAGAGGCACUCCCCCCUCUGAGGGAACCGGCCUGUCAUCGGAAGCAGCCUUGGCGGGUGAGAAGGGCAAGCUGCUGGGCCCCAAGGACUUCCUCUCUUCCCCUGGGAAUCCGAAAGCGCUCCCUCCGGGACAGAGCCUGCCUGGGGUGGAGGCAAACCCCGGCCAAGCAGGAAAGCCCCCCGAAGCCCCUCCGGAGCCCUUUCCCCCCAAAGAACCAGUGCAUCAGAGAGUGCCGAAGAAGGAGCAGGACCAGCAGGUGGAGCUCCCCCAGGCGGAAAAGAGCGGCUCUCUCCAGGAUCUCGAAGCCAAGGCCUCCAAGCCUCCGGGAGAAAGUCUCCCGCCCCCGUCCGUCAGUGACCCCCUGGCAGCGUCUUCCGUGGGCAGAGAGAGGCGGCAGAAGGCCAGGAGGGGAGCCAAGGAGAGGCACCCCAGCAAGCCUCUCACGAGUCUCCUCCCAGCUGGCAACCAAGAAAGCACGGGACCCGAGUUGGUUCUCCGCUCCGCGACCCCUGAGCCAGUUUCCCCGAGGCUCUGCAACAGCACUUCGGCCCCAGAGAAGGCUCCGGACGAGAGCGGCCUGCUGAGCCAGAGGUCACCCAAGGCCCCCUUCCAGGGGGACGCCGCCCCGUUGAAGGAGAUGCAGGCUUCCCAGAAGCGCACCGUGAAGGUCACCCUGACGCCCCUCAAAAUGGAAGGGGAGAGCAAGAGUGUCCAGAGGGAGAGCGACUCGGAGCCGCAGGGCAAGGAGAGCAAGCCGGACUCCUCCUCCAGGGCUCAGCCCGGCAACGGCUGCGUCCUUCCAGAGGGCCAGAGCGCUGCUUCUUCUUCCGAGGCCCCCGGGGAGGGCUACCCCAGCCUCCCCGUGCAGGGGAGCGGCUUGAUGAUCCAGGACGGGGCCAAGCCGCAGGAGGACGGGGCGUACAAGCGGCGGUACCCCCGGCGCAGCGCCAGAGCCAGGUCCAACAUGUUCUUUGGGCUGACCCCCUUGUACGGAGUGCGGUCCUACGGCGAGGAGGACAUCCCCUUCUACAGCAACUCCACGGGCAAGAAGCGCGGGAAGAGGUCGGCCGAAGGGCAGGUGGACGGAGCGGAUGACCUCAGCACCUCCGACGAGGAUGACCUCUACUACUACAACUUCACCCGGACGGUGGUCUCCAGCGGAGAGGAGCACCUGGCCCCUCAUAGCUUGUUCCGCGAAGAGGAGAACAUCAGCCUCCCUCCAAAGAUCUCCCAGCUGGACGGCAUCGACGACGGGACGGAGAGUGACACCAGCAUCACCGUGACCACCCGGAAGGGCAACCCUGUGGCCAAGAGGAGCAGCAGCAAGGAGAACGGGACCGAGAGCCUGAAGGAGAGCAGCGGGGAGAAGGCCCAAGUGACCAAGGGCUCAGCGGGGCACAAAGCGGCCGAGUCCAAGAUGGAGAACUGCCGGGUCAAGGCUCAGAGCCAGGAUCCCUUGGAGGCCCAGCUGAGCUCCCUGGAGGCUGCCGGACGACGAACCCGGGCUUCUGCAGAACCUGCGGAAAAGAACCUCCUGGACACCUUCAGCACCGAGCUGCUCAAGUCCGACUCCGACAACAACAACAGCGACGACUGCGGAAAUAUCCUCCCUUCGGACAUUAUGGACUUUGUGCUGAAGAACACCCCCUCGAUGCAAGCGCUGGGGGAGAGCCCCGAGUCCUCCUCCUCGGAGCUGCUGACCCUGGGGGAUGGCCUGGGACUGGACAGCAACCGGGGCAAGGACAUGGGCCUCUUCGAGGUGUUCUCGCAGCAGCUGCCCAGCGCUGAGCCAGUGGACAGCAGCGUCUCGUCCUCCAUCUCGGCCGAGGAACAGUUUGAGCUGCCCUUAGAGCUCCCGUCGGACCUCUCCGUCUUGACCACUCGCAGCCCCACGGUGCCCAGCCAGAACCACGGCCGGCUUGCCACCAUUUCCGAGGCCACCCUCUCCUCCUCCAGGGAGAGAGCCAUGCUGGCCUUGCCUUCCGCCGAGUCUGCCGAGAAGAGGGUCACCGUCACGGAAAAGCCUGCGCCCAGCGAAGGGGAGCCGCCCCUCUUGAGCCCCCAAGUGGACCCCAGCCCCGACGGACCCCUCACCCCGGACCCCUUCAUCCAAGGCCACAUGGAGCCGGAGCACAUCACCAGCCCCUCCUGCGGACCCCCGGAGCAGGACCUGGCCCGGAGCAGCGGGACGCCCGGCCUCCAGGUCCCCGUCUCGCCCACCCUCCCGCUCCAGGGUGCCAAGUACGGGCCCAACGCUGUGGAGAACCCCGGCCCCUCCCAAAUCACCAAUGCGGCAGUGCAGACUGCCCCUCUCCACCUCAAGGCCGGUGCCGAGAAGCUCUUGGUGGUGAACCAGAACAUGCAGCCCCUGUACGUCCUGCAGACGCUGCCCAAUGGCGUCACGCAGAAGAUCCAGCUGACCUCUUCCAUCGGAUCUGCCCCGGGGGUCAUGGAGGCCAUGGGGCCAAUGGGCACGGCGGAGCUGGCACUGGCCGCAGGACUCAGCCCCGGCCUGCCCGCCUCCUCCCAGCCACUCUUCCCUUCCUCCGGCAAAGGGCUGCUGCCCAUGGCCCACCACCAGCACCUGCACCCCUUCUCUGCCAGCCCCCAGAGCGGCUUCCCACCCGCCCUGGCCAGCCCUGGGCCGUCCUCAGGCCUCUUGAUCGGCGUCCAGCAGCCACCAGACCCUGAGGCUGGCCAGAGGGGUGAGCUGGGACCCUCCCCUUCACCUGGGACCCCGCCAUCUGCCCUCAACAAGAAACGCCCCAUUGCGCGGCUGCAGUCGCGGAAGAGCAAGAAGCUCGCCCCAUCGGACAUGGCUCCCUCCGGCAUGGCCCUGGUCAACUUCGCUCCGUCCCAGCUGCCCUCCCACCCUGGCCUCCUGGACCUGGGUGGAGCGGUGGGCACUUCCACCUCCCACAGGUCCCUCCCCAACAUCAUCAAGCGCUCCAAGGCCGGAGGGGUGAUGUACUUCGAGCAGCCGCCUCUCUUGUCCCCAGGGUCGGCCAUUGGAACGCCGUCCAGCGGGGCUGGGCCUGAGGCGGGCCGCCUUGCCCCUGGUCCGGCCUCCCCUCCCCCUGUGCUGAACGUGGUGCCCAUGCAGCCCCUGUCUGGCCCAGCUCCAUCAGUCCCUGGACACGCAAUGGGGAGGGGCCAUGCGAUGCCCGGCGCCUCCUCAGACCUGGGACCAUUGGGAAGCCUCCUCAUCAAGGCCUCCCAGCAGGGUGUGGGCCUCUCUGACCCCCACCCAGCUGCCCCUCCGCCCUCUGCCCCCUCUGGGAUGUAUGCCCCGCUGGCCGAGGCCCCCCCAGCGGCUCAGGGCACACCCUCUGUGGCAUCGCCCGGCAUGUGCGCCUUGCCCUCUCCUCAGACUCUAGGCCUGGCCCCUGAUUCGGAUGACCCCUACCAACCAGGGCCCCCCCUGACCCAGCUCCUGUCCAGCAAAAGUGGGGCUAUGGCACCCCAACCAGAAGCCCCUCCGCUAUCCCGCUUCCCUCCGGCAGUGGAUGCAACAGACCCAGCUGCCGCCUCAGUCUUGGAGCAAAGCAAGCCCUCUGUUUCCGCCCCCACUGUGCGUGCCACCUCCACUGCUGCUGCUGCUGCUUCUCCUGGGGGGGCCCUACCUGCAGAGCAGAGCCCCACAAGCGCCAUGAAGGCCAAGCUCAAAGCCAAGCGUCUCCAGCCCUCCUUGGACAGCAAGGCACCUGCAAAGAAGCACAAGACCACUCCGCUCUGGACCGGUUCCCUGGAGAAGGAGGCUCCCCAGCGAAGCACAAGGGGGGCAUCAGCCCAGGAGGCAGGCGGCCGGAUCCCUGCCCCAAAGGUGCAGCCAGAGGAGGCCGCAAGCCUAGAGCCCCCAGCCCCAAAGGCGGCAGGGCACCCUGCCUCUCUCCCCGAAGCCCAGCUGGCGCAGAGCACCCCAAGCGAACCAGAGCCAGCAGACCCCAAGGCGCCCGAGCAGGAAGAAGAGGAGGAGGAAGGGGGCACCUUCAGCUCCCCGCUCAUGUUCUGGCUGCAGCAGGAGCAGAAGAGGAAGGAAGGCGUUGUGGAGAGGAAGCCCAAGAAGGGGCUGGUCUUCGAGAUCUCCAGCGAUGACGGCUUUCAGAUCUGUGCAGAAAGUAUUGAAGAGGCCUGGAAAUCCCUGACUGACAAAGUCCAGGAGGCGCGGUCCAACGCCCGCUUGAAGCAGCUCUCCUUUGCAGGUGUGAGUGGGCUGCGGAUGCUGGGCCUUCUCCACGAUGCCGUGGUCUUCCUGGUGGAGCAGCUCUACGGCGCCAAGCACUGCCACAACUACAAGUUCCGCUUCCACAAACCAGAGGAGGCCAAGGAGCCCCCCGUCAACCCCCACGGCUCUGCCAGGGCCGAAGUGCACCUCAGGAAGUCCGCCUUUGACAUGUUCAACUUCCUGGCCUCCAAGCACCGCCAGCCGCCCGAGUACCACCCCAACGAAGAGGAGGAGGAGGAGGUGCAGCUGAAGUCUGCCCGGAGGGCCACCAGCAUGGACCUCCCCAUGCCCAUGCGCUUCCGGCACCUGAAGAAGACCUCCAAGGAGGCCGUCGGGGUCUACAGGUCCCCCAUCCACGGGCGAGGCCUGUUCUGCAAGAGGAACAUCGACGCCGGCGAGAUGGUGAUCGAAUACGCCGGCAACGUCAUCCGCUCCAUUCUCACUGACAAGCGGGAGAAGUACUACGAUGGCAAGGACAUUGGCUGCUACAUGUUCCGCAUUGACGACGCGGAGGUGGUGGACGCCACCAUGCACGGGAACGCGGCCCGCUUCAUCAACCACUCCUGCGAGCCCAACUGCUUCUCCCGGGUGAUCAACAUCGACGGGCAGAAGCACAUCGUCAUCUUCGCCAUGCGCAAGAUCUUCCGCGGGGAGGAGCUGACCUACGACUACAAGUUCCCCAUCGAGGACGCCAGCAACAAGCUGCCCUGCAACUGCGGCGCCAAGAAGUGCCGACGGUUCCUCAACUGAGCUUCCCGCCCAAUGGGCCCACCCACCCACACCCCUCCCCUUUGGCUGCAGAGGGAGGGGUGGGCUUCGUGGAAAGAGGGAAUGGGUCCCUUCCACUCCUCCAUUGCUUCCUCAGGCCAGAAAAGAGAGAUAGAUUGCAGGGCAGCUUCCAUGAAUUCAGGGUCCGCUUUGGGUCUGGCAGGGGGAGGGCACCCGGCGCUUUUUGGGGAGGGGGACUCAGAGGGAGGGUCUUCCGCCCUGCUUCCAAAGGUGACCCCAGGGCAGCCAUGUUGGAGGCAAAGCCUUCUAGGAAACCACUGCUUCCAAAAUUGAAAAUGGGGGGCCCUCCGAGGGUCUCGCCCAGCACUUGUGGGGGGGGGGGGGUUGCUGUGGGUUUGCACUGGGAGGAGGGAGAGGAAGAGGCGCCCCCUCCCCUUUAUAUCCCGUUCUGAAACCAACGCAGCAGCACAACUUCCUUUGAGUUGCACCCUUCUCCCUCCCCUCCCUCCCUCUACGCGUCAUUGGAUCUCACUCGGUUCUGUUUACAGCUUGCGUAUUUAAGGUUUUUUGUAAAUGUAAAUAUAUUUUGUAUAUUUUUCUAUGAGAAAGCAGCACUUCGUAGGGAAGAGCACUUAAAUGAGACUAUUUUUUCUUUCCUUUCCCCCGAUUGUGGCGUCUCCGAGAUCCGAUGCUCGAGACAUCUUCCUCAGAAUUGGAGGGGCGGAGGGGGCAGCGGGGUCAGGGGCUUUUGGGGGGUCUCUGGGAUUUUGGGGGGGAGCAGGGCUGCCUCUUCCGCCCUUCCAGCUCAUGGCACUCUUCCCACCAGGCUCUGCCUCUGGACAUCAGGGUCCCUCUCAAAUGCCUCAUGCUGUCGGGUCCUUCGGGGCCAACAUCUGGCCCUGGCUCAAGGCAAAAGCCUUCCUCCUCUUCUUCCUCCUCCUGGCCGCCAUCUUGGUUUCACAGCUUGAGUGGCCCAGGCCUUCCAUUUCAGGAGAAAGAGGAGCCACUUCCCAACAGUUGCUCCUGGGCUUCCUCUUCUUCCAUGGCCUCUGCUUUGGUCAAACAGGCCCAGAGUGACCACUCCUGCUGCUCCUCCUUCCUGAGCUGGGUCUGCCCUGAGUGUCCAACGCCUGGGUGACCGAUCAGUUAGCGAACCACCGGUCCCCGCCACCCCGCAACUUCGGACUGAGAUGGAACCAGUGGGUCCAUAGGGAUGUUCCUUCUCAGAACUGACCGCAAUCAUGAUGCCGAUGCCCGAGGCUCCUCAGAGUCCACCUCUCGCAGGGUUUACUUUCCUAAAGGUCAAGCGGGUCCCUCGCUGCUGCAGAAGGGCUGGGCUGAAAUCUCCUCCUUGGCCGCCUCCUCUCCUCCGUUUGUGGCAAAGCAAUACCGGGUUCCUCUCUUGCGCAGAAUCAUGGACUGACCGUUGGGCUCUCCUCUGCAGCCCUUCUUCUUCUUCUUCUUCUUCUUCUUCCUCCUCUUCUCACUCACCUGCAACCCUUGCAGUUAUAAAUAAUGGUAUAUAUAGGAAAUAAAUACUCAUCAUCAUCCUCUGCCGCCGCCGCUUCUGCCGUGUCUUGAAGCCUGGCUUUGAAUUCUCUUUAACUCUUUAGUAACAACAGCUCUGUGUCCCAGUGUCUCCGAAGGCAGGCGGCAAGGGCUCCGGGGAGGUCAGUGGGGGGCGAAGGGGGCUCUUUUGGCCCCUCACGCGGAGAGACGGGGGUCUCCUUGCCGCCUUGGCUUCUCCUUCCGUCCCUUGGGUUUCGUGAAACAACCGUGCCGUGUCCCCGCAGCUUUGCCCGUCGCCGCCGCCGGCAACCUCGGCGCUCGUGGUGUCCCUUUGGUUCCGUCUCUCAAUAGCCGCCGGUCGUGAAUCGUUCUCGUCUCCCGCCGUGCCGACGCUACGUACGCAUCACAGGGUUCCGUUCCGAGACAAAUACAACUUAUCAUGUACAAGCAAUCGCUCUCUCUCUUCUCUCUCUUCUUCUCGACUUGUGUUCUUCCAAACCGUUUUGGGUUUCUGUUUUUUUUUUUUUUUUGUGGGGGGGGGGGCUUUUUGGGGUUUUUCUUUUUUCAAAAAGAGGAAACGCGUCUCGUGCUGCAUCAGUGUUAAUUCCCUGCCCCUCGCGCGCAGGGAAGGAAGGAAGUACUUUCAAAAUAGUUUUUGAGGAAUGACUGAAAGACUGAAUGUAAAAAUAAAAUAACAAAACAAAACAAAAGUGUAUAUAGUUGUACAAAAAAAGGAGUUUUUAAACAUGUUUAUUUUCUAUGCACUUUUUUAUUUAAGUGAUAGUUUAAUUAAAUAAACAUGUCAAGUUUAUUGCUUCA